AUGCCUUUCAUUAACUCAACCUACGAUGGCGCUUUGCUGCACUAUGUCGACUAUGCUCCAGCAUCGAACCCACCUCGAUUCCAACCGACCGACGAUCCAGCCAAAGACUGCAGCAAGAGUGACAUUGUCCUUGUCUUCAUUCAUGGAUGGCCGAUGUCUCAUCGUAUGUACGAGCAUCUCAUGCUGGCCCUUAGCGAGAUAUACGGAGUUCGAUGCGUUGCAUCUGAUCGACGCGGUUUCGGAAAGAGCGAGUGGAAUGGCCACGAAAGAAAGGAUAUCACAUACGACACCUUUGCGCAAGAUACUGUCGACCUGAUCGAGCACACCAAGAUUGGCAAGUUCUAUUUCGUGGCUGCCAGCAUGGGAUGUGGUGAAACAUUGCUGGCAUACCUGAAGAUGAGAGACGAUAUCAGCCAACAAUGCCAGGGCUUCGUCUGGUUGGGCGCCAGUCUUCCCUUUCCGCUCCAGACAGAGAAGAAUCCCCUUGCGCCAUCACGAGAGUUGUGGGAUAUGAUCUUGAAUGGAUUUCGACAGGACCGGGUGGGUUUCACGAGAGCGGCCGUCCCCGGAGUGUUUGGGAUCCCCUUCAACAUUGGCAUUGAACUGUCUGAGACAGUUUUGCAGAAGUUCGAAUGGGUUGUGGCUCAAGCCGACUCCCUGGCUCUGGAAAGGUGUGUUCAGAUCAUCACAAACAGAGACUUCACCGAGGACCUCAGGAAGCUUGAUAGCCGUGACGUGAAGAUACUUGUUAUCCACGGAGACAAUGAUCAGAGCAUGCCUGCUGAGGCCACAGCGAACCUCGUUCCGCAAUUGGCGAAGCAAGCACAAGUCAAGGUCUAUGAAAAGGCAGCACAUGGAUUGUACCUUACGCACGCGGACAAGGUCUUGGAAGACGUUCUAGCUUUCGUAUUCGGGAUUUGA